AUGCAGCUCCCGGCUGUGCCGGGCGCGCUCGCCCCCUCCUUGCUGGCCAUCCCCGUGGCCUUCAGCAUCAACGGGGCAACCGCCUUGGAAGACAGCCCACUGGUGCUGAUGCUGACGGGGGUGCUGGUGCUCACUGGCCUCAUCUCCAUCGUCCUUAUAAGCGGAGGGAGCCACUUCCAGGACCCCUUUUACUGUGUGUUUGUGCUCUUCUCCUUCACCUCCGCUGUGGACUUGAUCAUCUCGCUGGAGGAAGAUGGUUUCAUCUCUGGCUUCGUGGAGCUCUUUGUCAGAGAGGGUCAUCCCUACCUGCGCACGGCACACGGCAUCAUGAUCUGUUACUGGGAUGGCAUCGUCCACUACGGGCUCUACCUUGCCAUGAUCACAGCCAUCAGCCAGAGGAAGAGCUACAGGAGCCUGGGUCUCUUCUGGCUGGGCUCUCUGAUGAUGAGCAUCAUUGUUUUCCUGCUGGGGAACCUGAUAGGGAAAUACAGCUCGGAGCUCAGCCCUGCCUUCCUGCUCAACCUGCCCUACGUCCUCAUCCCCAUCUGGGCUGGGGGGAGGCUCUUCCAGCAGCCCAAGGCCCUGCCCUGCCUCAGCCCCGAGAAGGUGGCAGAGGAGCAACGCAAACACCUGUACCAGCGGCCGCAGGACGUGGGGCUGAUCCUGGUCCUGCUCCUCACCGCUGCCUUCACCUUCUUCAGGGGGAUGGUGGUUUUGGACUGUCCUGCUGAUUCAUGCUUCGAGUACAUCUACCAGCACGAGCCGUACCUGCGCGACCCCGUCGCCUACCCCAAAGUGCAGAUGCUGAUCUACUUGUUCUACGUCCUCCCUUUCUUCUGCCUCUGUAUCUACGGGCUGGUGCUUCCCGGCUGCUCCUGCCUGCCCGACUGGAGCCUGGUGUUUGCCGGCGCCGUGGCACAGAUGCAUCCCCGAGGUCCCUGGGCUGCUGGCCCAGCAGCUCUGCUGCUCCUUGCCAGUGUUCUCACCUCCGACCCGCUGCCCAGCGCCCGGGGACGCAAGAAGGUGGUUCACGUCAUGGAGGGUGACAGCGGGGCCGUGGUGGUGCAAACAGCCCCGGGGAAGGUGGUGACACACCGAGGUGGCACCAUCAUCCUCCCCUGCCGCUACCACUACGACGUGUCCGCCCACGACCCCGCCGAGAUCCGCCUGAAAUGGACCAAAGUGACGGAGCCCAUGGCCUUCGUGGACGUCUUCGUGGCGCUGGGCAAGGCCCGGCGGGCGUUCGGCAGCUACCGGGGCCGCACGGCGCUGCAGGAGGACGGAGCCGGGGACGCCUCGCUCAUCAUCCGCAACGUCACCCUGCAGGACUACGGCCGCUACGAGUGCGAGGUCACCAACGAGCUGGAGGAUGACACUGGCAUGGUCAAGCUGGACCUCGAAGGCGUGAUCUUCCCCUACCACCCGCGCCUGGGGCGCUACACCCUGAACUUCCACGAGGCGCAGCAGGCGUGCCUGGAGCAGGACGGGAUCCUGGCCUCCCACGACCAGUUGCACCAGGCCUGGCUGGAGGGGAUGGACUGGUGCAACGCGGGCUGGCUGGAGGACGGCUCGGUGCAGUACCCCAUCUCCCGGCCGCGGGAGGAGUGCGGCCGCAAGGACACGCCGGUGGGAGUCCGCAACUACGGGUACCGGCACAAGGAGACCGAGCACUACGACGCCUUCUGCUUCACCUCCAACCUCAACGGCAAAGUCUACUUCCUGAAGACCUACCGCAAGCUCAGCUACCCCGAGGCGGUGCAGGCCUGCAAGAACAACGGGGGGGCGGUGGCCAAGGUGGGGCAGCUCUACAGCAGCUGGAGGUUCAUGUGA